AUGACAGCAGAAUUGGAACAAAUAAAUCUUGAUAUUGAUCUUAUACAUACAUUUAUUAAGAGAUACGGAAAUAGGUAUUGGGAAGCCUCGCUGCAAAAGCUCAACAGAAUUAAAAAGCAAAAAGAGAAUAUUGAUGAUGACCUCAUAGACGAUCAACUCAAACAAGCAAGUGGAAAAGGUACAACAACGUCUUUGGAUUCUAACAGAAAGGUCGACUUUCAGACACAACGAAAAUUCCUUCGGGAUGGAUCCGUGCUGAUUAAUGAUAAUGUCAGAGAGAUUGGUAUUGCAUCGAGUAUUCUGGCCUAUUCCAAUAGUAUCGAUGUGAGUAGUGGAGAUGAGGACGAUGGACCUAAGAGAAGAGUGAAUGUACCUCUCGCAGCUGUCGUCACACCAUCCACUCAACGAAGCAUGAACAACAGGUCAUCCUUGUCGACCACGAAUGGAGGAGGAGGUGCUAGUGUGUUGAACACCACUCCAAUGAAUAAUGUUUCACCAGCGGAAAUUCCAUCAUCAAUCACAACUUCAGCCAAUGUCAAUACAACUUUCAAUGGAAAGACGAGGAAGAAAAAGAAGAGGGCUCAACAAUCUCCAUCACAAGCAGCCGUACUUGCAUCGAAGAAACUAAGUGAAGGAGAGAAGGCAUUACGCAAGGAUACGAUCCUCACGGACACUUCAUCCUCCACAGACGAAGAGGAUACCUUCGACAGGGAUUGA